AUGCCUACUGCCUCGCCGCUCCUUGCAGAAACGGUGCUCUAUCGCUUCGGGCUGUCGCUUAUGGCCACCGAUCUUUCAAGUGUGCACUUCCAUGGCGGCCUUCUCAACAUCGGAUGUGUGAUCGAUGCCGGGGCCGAGCCCGAGUCUGCUGGUCGCGAUGUCAGGAUCGCAGGUCGCCGUCAGGAGGACAAGUUCCACCUCCCACUCACCCGCCCAGGUUGA